UCGGCGCAGAUAAUCAGCGGGUGAUCCAGUGGCAGGACUGUCGAAGGCUGUGCGGUUCAAUGAGUGGGGCUCUCGGUUCGCCCGGGGGAAUGAGCGGUGGGAUGCAGUGACGGGAGAUAGGCAGCGCCGUUGCCAGGAUCAUUAGAGAUCGCAGUCGGAAGUAGUUGACUUUUCCUAAGUCCGGGGGACCGGUGGGGUCGUUCCCAGUGCCGACUCUGUGUGUGUGUGUGUGGGGUAGCCUGGCCAAUUACACUCCCUGCGUGAUUCCCCAGAUAAGAAAGGGGCUCGAAUCAACCGAUCCUGGGGAGCAGGAUCCUUUGUGUCGAAGGCAAGACUGAGAUCACUUUGGAACCUGAAGAUCUCCUUGUCGGUGUGUUUCAUUGAAGCAACCUGCUCCCACGAGUAGAUAGAUGGUCGUUCUGAAGCCGGAGCAGAAAUUACAGCACUGCUGAGAUCCACAUGAAACAAACCGCCAGCAGCUCUGCCUUGCUUUAAAUGAAAGGAAGGGAUGGGAAACAGUGCUCAGAAAACACAUGCAGAUGCAGCUCACCAGACCCGCUCUGGAUCUGCUCGUCAGUACUACACCGUUCCAACUAAUGGUCAUGAACGGAGAGCACAUCCAAACAUUGCUGAACCUCCUAGAUUUCAUUCGCAGGCCAAAGGGAAAAAUGUUCGUCUGGACUCACAUUUCAGAAAAGCCACUCGGAAGAACAGUUUCUGUAAUGGUGUAACGUUCAGCAACCGCCCAGUUCACCUUUAUGAAAAAGUGCGAUUACGGUUAUCAGUGGUACUUCAUGGAUGGAGUGGUGCUUUACGGUUUGGUUUUACAAGUCAUGAUCCCUCUCAGAUGAGCUCUGCAGAUAUCCCAAAGUAUGCCUGCCCUGAUUUGGUAACCAGGCCUGGUUACUGGGCCAAAGCAUUACCUGAAAGGUUUGCUCUGAAAGACAACGUCCUUGCUUUUUGGGUGGACAGGCAUGGACGAGUAUUUUACAAUGUGAACGAUGAAGACCCUGUUCUUUUCCAGUGUGGUAUUAAUGUUUCAGGACCACUCUGGGCAUUGAUUGACAUUUAUGGAAUUACACAAGAGGUCCAAAUGCUUGAGAGUAUGUUUGCAGAAACCAUAACUUCAGCACGGCUCAACACAGCACGACUGAAUAGUUGCCUUCCUCAGACGAGUCAUGACAAUGCCAACUUCAAUAAUAAUGAACUGGAGAACAGUGUUGUAGUAGCAAAAAUCACAAACCUAAAUGUAGGUGAAGUUCAAAGCCUUGCAGCAGACAAUCAUAAUUUACCGUGUUGUACCAACAGACAGCUUCGCUCACGGGGCCUACCGUCCUUCCUCGACACUGACCUUCACUUUCACCAUAUACGAGGGCCUGACGUCACUCUUUCUCAGGACAGGAUGGGCGCAUGCACAAACUGGAAGGAGAGUACUAGGACCCUGGUGUUCUCUGAUCGACCUUUACAUACUGGGGAGACCUUGUAUGUGGAGGUGGGGCAUUUAGGGUUGCCAUAUUAUGGUGCUCUGCUCUUCGGUGUGACAUCAUGCGACCCCAGUACUCUGCGAACAAAUGAGCUCCCAGCGGAUCCAGACUGUCUGCUUGAUCGUAAGGAGUAUUGGGUGGUGUACAGAGGUUUCUCAGUGCCCAACAGCGGUGAUAUUUUCAGUUUCACUAUUCUGCCAAAUGGUGAGCUCCAUCAUCGUGUUAACGGAAUAAACAUAGGGAUGCUGGUCUUUGUGGACACCACUCAGUCACUGUGGGUAUUCUUCAGCUUACAUGGAGUGGUCAAUCAGCUCAGGAUUCUGGGUACGUCUCAGUCCAGUCCUGUAGAUGUAUCUCCUUCAGGUUCUCCGGGUGGUUCCCAUUAUGACAGUGACUCUGACAUGGCAUUCAGCGUUAAUAGAUCCUCCUCUGCAUCUGAAUCAUCACUUGUGACUGCACCCAGCUCUCCCCUGAGCCCUCAGUUCUCCCCAAGUUUCUCUCCGCCUGAACCACCAAGUAGCAAAAAUGGAGAAUGUGCCGUAUGCUUCGACAGUGAAGUUGAUACUGUUAUUUACACCUGUGGACAUAUGUGUCUCUGCUACGACUGUGGUCUUAAGUUGAAGAAGCAGAUCAAUGCCUGCUGUCCCAUCUGUAGGCGAGUUAUAAAGGAUGUCAUUAAGAUAUACCGUCCAUGAGAUAUUUGGCUCCUAUAAGGACUGUUUCUCAAUCCACACUAUAGUUUUUAAAAAAAAGUAGAGUUUUUAUGGAUAUGGAAAGCUUCUAUUGCUCACUUUAAUUUCAGUUAUAUACACAAAGUGUGGCUGUAUUCUUUGUCAUUUAACUUAGUUUCACUAUCUCUUUAUUUGUCUUCCCCCUUUCUGUCUCUGUUCCUGCUGUCUGCAGAUAUUUGCUGGCAGGAAACUGGGAUGGCUGCACACAGUUCCACCUGUAGAAACAGAGCCACUUGAUAAUUAACAAGUAUUUCUCAAGCAGAGAAAUUUGGAGACCAUCUCGUAGCCAGGCUGAAUACAGGUUAAUUAAUCUAGCUAAAAUUAAGCUGUUCAGUUGAAGAGCAAUAUUCUUCUGAUUUCUUUUGCUGUUCUGUCAUUGCUUCAAGAAAAAUACUAGUCAUCAACAAAGACCAAAUAAUUUGAGAAAGAAAGAUAUUCUGUAAGGAUAUCUCAAGAUCACAUCUAUGACAAUAUUUCUAAUGACUUACUAUUGGCAGGUUAUUUUCCACAGGCAGUUAUCUAUUGGUCUGCAGGGGUCAGUAAUGGAAUUCUCUCCACAUAUUCUCCACAAAGACUGAUAUUAUUGCAUCUGCUUCAUGCACAACAGCCUGUGAAGUUAUUUAGAGAGAUCUCAAUUGCCACAUUCAAUUAAGACAUCAUAGUUGCCUUUAAAGUACAUUUUAAAUUUAAUCUGAAGAUAAUGUACAUAUUUCUAACAGAUUAGUUCAUGUCUAAUUGCUGUUGUGUUGUGGAUGCGACGUGCAUGCCAAAAUUGAUAGCUGGUGAAGGAUCCCCAAAUUGAGAGCUAUUUUGUUUAAGUUUUCUAAAACAUCAAGCAGUGACUUUGCUGAAGGAAUUGGGGAGCUUGACGGGUUCAAUAUAGUGACUGGAAGUUGUAGUAUCCCUUUUUGGCACAAAUUCAAUAACAAUAAAAUGUAAACGCAUAACAGUGACUGUAAACAGGACCUUUUAUUCAAAAAAAAUCUUGUUUUAUUACUUGUUUAAAAAUUGGUCCUUUUUUGUUCAUCUGCUGAUUGGGUCAUCUCACAAGUUUUUGGUUCAUUACCAGCCGUUUUGGUCAUACUCCUCUGUAAAAACAGCUUAAGAGUCUCAACUUGUCAUUUUUGAUUGAGAUCUGCUUCCCUGUAAUCCAUGAGUCAGGACAUAGUAGUCCAUUCCAUGAAUUUGAAAAAACAGAAAAGAGUGAGGAUGAGGAGAGGAAGGCCCAAGAGAAGGUUGGCUCCAGUAAUCAAAUUUUUAAUUGAUUCAUAUGUUUCAGAGUCUUGGCUAACAUGCCAUCAAAGAGAUAUUGCAACUUUAAAAUGGCUUUAACAAGUAGAAGUUUUAUGCUGGAUAUUUUUCUGUGGUGAUUCAAUGCUACAGGUGCCUUACAUAGGAAGGUGAUGCACUUUCUGAUUCCCCGUGAACUUUGACUGCCACUAUUAUAGAUUCACUGACUAAUGGCAAAGUAGUUUUAUAGGACUCACGUGACAACCACAAAAAAUAUUUUCCUUUUGAUAAUGGAGUGAAAAUGGUAUCUAACACAAAUAUAUUUAAUAUCUUGCCUAAUUUGCUGACUUUGUACAAAAAUAGUAUAUAGUUUCGUUAGAGUAUUGUUUCAAUAUUGAAGAUGAUGGCUCAUACUACAAAUGUCAACAGACACUUUGUACAAACUUUGCUCGCAAUAUAUAGUGUAAACAUUAUAAUUUUUUUUGCACUUAAAUGUUUUUUGUUGUCCAGGAUUUGAGUGUCUGUGUGCGUGUACUUGCACUGUGACUGAAAAGAUUAAUAGAUGAGUUACAAAAGAGGAAAUGAGAUGCAAAUUUGAAAUUAAAGGUUUGAGUGUACCUUUCACCAAGGCCUAACAGGAUUGACAAUCAGAACUGGCAGAACGUCUCUUUAAAUAGUUCAUAACAAGAUUUGGUAACACAUUCUUUUAAGGAGAUAUGAACAAGUGUCCAAUAAAUCUUUGAAUAGUUUAUCAAACUCAAAUUAAGAUUUCACUAUAUAAUUUAAUUGUCUUUUACUCUUCAUUUGCUUUUGUUUUCUACUCAAUUUUUAUUUCUUCUGUUCCAUCCCAACACCCUUUAUCCAUCCAAUAUUACUCUCAACUUUGUAAUUAUCUUUUUGACCGUUCAAGUUCAAUAUAUCUUUCCAUUAUAGUCUCGGCUUAUUUAUAUGUGUCCAUAGACUAUUGAAUUUGUAGAGCACCUGAUUCUGCCCUUGACCUGUUAAAGGUUUCUACAGACAAAAUCUUGUGGAAGCGACGAGGUUUUCAUCUGCAGACUGGAGAAUGGCUAGGAUUUCUCUGUCUUCUCUUUUCAGGAAAACCAUCCAGUCUGGCACUUAACAGAGCAGGGCCAGGCUUUUCCCUGAGAUCAAAGACCACAGGGGUGGAUGGCCUGCUUGCCAAGAGCUACUGGCCAAUCAGAUUCCAGCAAUCCUAUUGAACUCUGCUGUCUAGUACAACCACCCAAGGAUUGUCGCUGGACCUCUGAGUAGAUGUGAGUGAUGGCAAGUGAUGGGCUUGUGGGGAUAGUUUGGGAUUGGGGGAGUCAGCAUCAAAUGCAGGGAAGAGGCUCCCUACUUACUGAUGUCACAUAUCCCAAUCAGCCAUUGGGCACCUUUGAAUGAAGUGAAUAAUGGUGAGUCUGCAGUCAAACAAACGUGCCUGGGCUUAUUUGUCAUACUCCUAACACAGCAAUCCCAUCUCCCACUCCCUCACAACACUACCACUAGCUGCUUGGUUAAUAUCAGCAAUUUUUUUUUCUUUAUUCAUUCACGGGUUGUGAAGUGUCGCUAGCUAGGCAGCAUUUAUUGCCCAUCCCUAA